AUGGACGGGAGUGGUCGGAUAUCUAUACGCACUCACGGCCACUUGAAAGAGGCCGCGCCACAGCCAGAGCCGCCCCCCUCACCGCGAGAGCUGCAACCACUCACGCCAGAAGCACUUCCACCUCCACCGCCUCGACAGCCGAGGCACAGGCAGACAAAGAUGAGAGACGCGCCUGACACAACUUCAGGCGGCUCUCCUGGCGAUGGUCUUGACAUGGCUAGUGGGGCUCAGGGUGCUGUUCUCUUCCACACCCAGUGUGGAAGAAACAUCAGCAAAAGCAGUGGCUACUCAUCGAAUAGAAUGGUCCACUUGCCAUCGCCGACCCCAAGAGACAAUGGUCUGGAGGACCAAGUUGAUGUGUUCUACGGUCGUGCAAGGAUCAUUACUUUCACAGGGAAAUGUCAAAGUGCAGUCGGCGGUAAAUGCAUGGGCCUAUGCAAUGAGAUGGAGCAAAUAAUUAAAAAAUGCAUUCCAAAGGAGAGACUCGAGAACACUUCCAUGUAG